UCACACGCUCACUCUUUCUUCGUCUGUCGCUAUCUCCCUCGAUCCUUCCCUCUGUUUCGUAGCUUCUGCAGCAGAUCUCUCUCUCUCUCCAUCUCUCAGAUCACGAUGGCACAUCAGGAAGCUAGCACUUCCCCUGGUGCUGAGGUCGUAGGCCGUGCCUUUGUGGAGCAAUACUAUCACAUCCUCCACCAAUCUCCCGGUUUAGUUCACCGGUUCUAUCAAGAUUCCAGCUUGUUAACCAGGCCUGAUGUUACCGGUUCUGUAACCACUGUCACAACUAUGCAAGCGAUCAACGAGAAGAUUAUGUCGUUGAAGUAUGAAGACUACACGGCCGAGAUAGAAACUGCUGAUGCUCAGGAGUCUUAUGAGAGAGGCGUUAUUGUCUUGGUGACUGGAUGCUUAACCGGGAGUGAUAACGUGGGGAAGCGGUUUAGUCAGACUUUUUUCUUGGCUCCACAAGACAAGGGGUACUUUGUCUUGAACGAUGUGUUUAGGUUCCUUGAGGAGAAAGAUGUGACAGCGCACAAUGGAACCACCAGGGAUGUUCAGGCACCUGUGGAGCCAGAACGUGUUGUUGUUAGUCAUGAGGCUGAGGUGGAGCCUGAGCCAGUUGCUUCUAUUGAGGAGGAAGAUCUUGACAAUGUGGCGGAGGUGUAUGAUCCUUGUGAGAAAGAUGAAGGUGUUGUUGUUGACGCUGAGCCUAUCCAACCUCCAGCCCAAUUAAGUCACAGUGAAGUUCGAUCAGUGCCUCAAGGAGAUGCUCCUAAGCAUUCAUAUGCUUCUAUUCUCAAACUGAUGAAUAGCAGUCCAGCACUAACACGUGUUGCUCGGAACAAGCCAAGACCAGCUCAGGUUAGUACUAAUCAGAGACCAACUGCUACUCCUCCUGCAGUAACCGAGGCUUCAGGUGUGGAGAAUGUUCCAAACAGUAGUAAUGUUGAUGUGGAAGAUGCUGGUCAUUCGAUUUAUGUCCGAAACUUACCUUUUGACACUACACCAACACAACUUGAAGAGGUGUUCAAGAGCUUUGGUGCUAUCAAGCAUGAAGGGAUUCAAAUCAGAAGCAAUAAGCAGCAAGGUUUCUGUUUUGGUUUUGUGGAGUUUGAAACAUCUAGCGGCAAGCAGAGUGCACUCGAGGCCUCACCGGUUACAAUUGGUGAUCGUCAAGUUGUUUUAGAGGAGAAGAAACCAAACAGAGGCAACAGUGGAGGUGGUGGUGGUAGGGGAAGGUACUUUGGAGGAAGAGGAAGUUUCAGGAAUGAAAGUUUCAAAGGAGGACGUGGUGGAGGAAGAGGAGGCUAUGGAAGAGGUGAGUAUUCCGGUAGACCUAAAAGCUCAAACCCACGGAGUGGAGGAGAAGGAUACCAAAGAGGAGGUGGAGGAGGUGGAGGACGUGGCGAGCCUCGCGGUGGUGCUUCAUCUUGACUUUGCAUUUAGUAGUGCCUCCAUGAGAGUAGUUUUAAGUCUAUUUUUCUUUGCCUUCCCACUCGAGUUUUAGUUAGUAUUGGCACCGUUUUGGCUUUUCUAUAUUUUUGGUUGGUUUAGUUUUUCGAUAUUCUUGCUUUUCAUCCUUUAGUUCUUCUCUAAGAAGUGAGAACUUUCUUCAUAAACAUUCAUUUUUCAUAAGAAAUCCACUACAUAGUUGUGUUCUUGA